UAGGGUAAAUAUUACUUAUAGGGAUACCAGUCUCAGAGGUUGGAGCACUGUGGCCUUCACAGUAUUCACUUCCAUAAAGUGGAUAUGGCUGACAACUAUGGUGAUGCGUUUGAUCCCGAGAAACUAAUACAAUGUCCAUAUGACAAAAAUCACCAAAUAAGAGCAUGUAGGUUCCCCUAUCACCUCGUCAAAUGCCGCAAGAAUCACCCUGAUAUUGUGCAGCAGCUGGUGACAUGCCCCUUUAAUGCCCGCCACCAGGUCCCCAGAGCAGAGAUCGGCCAACAUAUAGCCAACUGUGAUAACAAAAGUUUUAUUGAGCAGGACAUUGCAAGUACAUUGGGCACCUACAGAAGAGACCUUAGCGUGGUAAGCACAUGGCAGUCUCCUCCGUGUGAAGAAGACUGGGACAAAGAUUUAGAAGACGAAUCAAAGUCUGCCUUCAUCUGGGGUGUGCACCGCUAUGAGACAAACCGUACUGAAUCAAGCACAACCCUGGGACUUAAGAACCAUCUGCCUUCAAGUGUCCGAGUCCCCAGAUCCUUGCCAUAUGUUCUGCCAUGGAAGAGCAGUGCAGGAAAUUGAAGACCACAGAUGAAAACUGACCUCUUCAGUGGCUAUCAAGCACUCAUUUCCUACUGUCUUAGAAAGAUCUGAGUCCCGCUAAAAGAGACUCCAGAGUAAACUGUGCCCCUGUUUGGGUUGGGUGAGCUGAGCAACCUCUGAAGAUUCAGAAUUCUUAAUUUAGCAUUUAAUUUAGAAUUAACAUAGUUGGCAAGAAUGUUUUACUCAGCAAGUUUGAAUUCCUUCUUCUUAAAGCCUGUUGAAUCAAAUAGGCCCUUGUGCUGUGACAGAUGAAAAGCACUGGAGCAUUCUGUUUUAGUUGAAAAUUAUUAAAUUGUUUGGUAUCAGGGUUCAAAAAGCAUUCUUUAUGGCGAGGGGCGACUGACAUCUCUGCAGGUGGAGAACAGGUGCUGUAGUUGUGAGUUGCAUUUAAAAUAGUUGUGAUAUCUUUGUGUUCUAACAUUGUUUGGAUUUUCUGGCUGCAGGAAUCAACUCAAAGCACUGGUCUGCAAGUCCCUUCCUACUUGUACGCUGUGGAUAGAUGUGGGCGUGUGGCCAUGUUGCUGCCGAGUAAUGAAGGGAUUCCAGCCCAUUGCAAGGAGCAUUAGUUCUUGGUUAGGAGAAAAAAAAUUCCAAGUCAUGCCUCUGAAGAUUUAACUCCACUCCUGCUGUCCUUGUACAUCAGUAUAGGCAGAGCUUUUGCCUAAAAGGUGAUGCCUAAGUAUGCACCCUUUCCUGUUUUUGAUCAGAAAUGCCUUGUGGGAGAUUUUCCCUCUUUGUGGUUCUUGACUUUUUCUGCAAACUCUACUCCAGACCCGCAUUAUUGCUCAUGCCAUUUUACAGAGUAGAAGGCAACCCCCGCUACUUCUUAAAAGUUGUUCCUAGGAGCGUAAAGUGGUUUGAGGAUUAUUUCCCUAAUCCUGGGAGUUGUUAAAGUGUAAGUUUCAGUCAGGAAGCACACUGGGUUGUGCAGUUUCUUUGUGACCCCCCCCCCCCCGGUGCAAAACCUCAGUAAGACUUCCCAACCAGAGGCGUACCAGGGAAAAAUGGUGCCCGGAAACAUCCGGGUGCCCCCUGCUGUGCCUGGGGUGGGGGCCACCCCAGAGCUCCGCCCCCUGCCGGCUCCGAGCUGGGAAUCCCUCAGAAGCCUUCCAGUUGCUUCUGUCUUCCCCAGAGGGGAGGGCAGAAGGGACUGCCAGCUUGGAGCCAGCAGCUGGGAGGGGGUGGGGCUUGGGGCUUGGGGAGAGCCGGCAGCCAGGAGGGGGGUGAGGCUCGGGGGUGUCAUCUGGCUUCCUUGUCCCCACCCAUGUCGAUGACGACAUGGGCGGGGCUGAGGGUGCCAGAAGAACUUCCUGCUGCCUUGCCGUCUUCCUGGUACGUGGGGGGUUGGUUUUGGGGGCCCCCAUGACCAGAUCAGUGGCGCCCGGGGAGAGAGGGUACCCCCUGUCCCUAGGCAAAUACGCCACUGUUCCCAAUAAUAUGGGAGCUGGGAGAAUGCUUUCAAAGGACUUGACUCUGUGAUUUUAUCUCAGUGAUGGUACUUUCUGUGGUACUAAAUUCUGCCUGACUACAUGGACCACUUGCAUGUUUGGCUUGUCUGCUUGAGGGCAAUGUUGUAAUGUCUGAAGGGCACUUGAGAGUAGGGCGCAAGGGGCCGGGGAAGAAAUGGCUUCAAAACAGUUUGCCUCCACCAUGGUGGCAGCGGCAAAUGGCACAGGAGUGCUCAGAAGUCACAUCUCCAGCUCCUUGAUCUUGUCCAUCCUGGUGUCUCUGUCCCCAAACCAUGUUCUUAUUCCUCCACCAGUUGCACCAGCACAGAACAGCUGACACGGUGGCUAUCGCACCAGGAUCCCGAUAGUGCCCUAUCAUUCUUCUUUUCCCUACCAGUUCACACUGUAAAUCUAGAGCACAAAUUGGGAGACUGAAAAAAAGCCCUUUAAAGUGCUAAAAGAUGAGCACCAUUUUGAAAGUGUAGUAACUCUGUUGCACCGCCCCGCCCCACCCCAUAGUGGGGAUAAGUUGCCUCAAAUCUUAAGUUGAUAACUAGAAAAAACUUAAUUGAAAAGAGGAAUCUAGGUUGGUCUUAAAGGUUAAAUGAACCAUGAAGAAGUGUGAUAGAUAAGAUCGACAGCAGGGUUUGGGUGGGAAUAAUUUGGUAUAUAUAGUCUUUGUAAUAUCAACCUGUGUUUUGCAAAUAGAGUAGGGUGAUUAGAUCACCUGUCUCUUUCCCCAAUCGUGUUAGUUUUG